CUCUGACUCUCUUUCUCUAUAUUUCUAAUUGUCCCAAAACUUUUACGUAAGAUAGACGAUGCUAUAUAUAGGAGAUUCACUAAUUUUCUUGGUGCAUCUUUGAAGAAUCUUCUGAACAUAUGUGUCUGUAUAUACUUCUACAAUGUUUAGUCUAAUGAUGGUCUUAAUUAGCGAACAUACUUUUUUCUGGGAUUACAAAACUUGAAUUCCUAAAAUCUAUCUUCACUUUAAACUUGUGAAGAGUAUCACUCUAAACGACGUAUUUUAUUUAUCGUUGUAGUACAUGGGAUUUCCAUUACGUCUGGUUUCAACCGCUCCCUCUCUAUGUGAUCUAGCUAGCAUAUAUGUGUCGUAGCUGUAAUGUAUUGUAUGAUCUCUCAAAAAAAUUCUGUAUUAAUUGACUUCACGUAUGGAAAAGAAUGUUGUUAUUAGAUGAGAACAUGUUAGUGUAAAUUUGGUUUCACCUGUUGACUUCACCAGUCUGUUCUUUCAUGGUGUACAAGCUCCAAGCUAUCAACUGGUCUAACUAUUUUCAUUUGGUUUUAGUCUCAAUCCGUUCAUUCAUUGCAGGAAUUCAGAGUAGUUAUACCAAGACCUAAGUUUUUACCAAGCUCAUAUGUUCAAAGCACCUACGAUUACAGCCAAAAAUGGUUCUUCCUCUCCGUAUGGUCUCAUGCUCAACUGACAUUGGCCUCCCACUGUGUCCUGUCUACAGAUUUGGGCAUACCUGCAAAUUUGAUCACUCCAUGAGCUCUUCUUCUUCUUCACUAAGCUACAUCCCGAUGGUUUCUUCAGUCACUGAUAUGCCCCUCAUGCCUUACCCUCUUGAGUACUCAUUGCUCAGCACAUUAGCUCUAUCAUCAUCAUCCUCAGAUGAAAACGCACAGGGCUUCACUCUCCAAGCUCCAAGUAAACUCAAAACCACAACACAAGUGGUGGCUCUGAACCAUUGCUGCUGAAGCCUCUCCGUCUUCUUCUUUAACCACCAGCCUGAGCCAUUCUGAUCCUGCUGAGACCAAAAAGAAGACUCAGUUAGCAUUGAGUUUAAGACUUCGAAGUUAAAGAUACGAAGCUCAAAGGAGAGAACCUCGCUCUAUUUUAAACCCAGGUUUCUGGACUGGUGUUGCGGUUCCUGUUGGUGUGCCACGCAAAGACGAUGCCUUCAGGACUGAUCCGAUGAAAUUGCUGAACAAGAGGAAUCUCAAGGGUACUUUCUUUGGCAACUACAAACCCAAAACUGACAUUCCAGGGGUUGUCAAAAAAUA